AUAAAUUGGGUCCGUCCUUCGUCAAACUGCAACAUCGGGGGAAAUCGAACUAUUGGCAAGAUCUGGGGGGACCCGUGACUGCCUCUAGCAUGAUGUCAUACCUCAAACAGCCCCCCUACGCCAUGAACGGCCUGGGGCUGAGCGGCGCAGCCAUGGACCUGCUGCACCCGUCCGUCGGAUACCCAGCAACACCCAGAAAGCAGCGGCGGGAAAGAACGACAUUUACGCGCUCACAGCUUGACAUUCUCGAAGCGCUCUUUGCCAAAACUCGAUACCCGGACAUUUUUAUGAGAGAAGAGGUGGCGCUGAAGAUCAACCUUCCCGAGUCCAGAGUUCAGGUGUGGUUUAAGAAUCGGCGUGCUAAAUGUCGUCAGCAGCAGCAGAGUGGCAGCAGCACUAAAGCUCGGCCCGCAAAGAAGAAAUCCUCACCCACCCGGGAGAGCACGGGUUCAGAGAGCAGCGGCCAGUUCACCCCUCCUGCCGUCUCCAGCGCUGGCUCUUCCUCCUCUUCCUCAACCAAUAACACAGGCAUCAGUAGCACCUCUACCUCUAUCAGUACUGUCUCAUCAAUCUGGAGCCCUGCCAUUUCUCCAGGCUCCGCACCCCCAUCUGUCUCCCUGCCAGAGCCCGUCGCUCCCUCAAAUGCCUCCUGCAUGCAGCGUUCCGUCUCAGGCACGGCCGGCUCCUCCUACCCCAUGCCCUACAACCAGACCACCGGCUACAGCCAGGGCUACCCGACUCCUUCUGGUUCUUACUUCAGCGGAGUGGACUGUGGCUCCUAUCUGGCCCCCAUGCACACUCACCACCACCCUCAUCAGCUCAGCCCCAUGACGGCGUCGUCCAUGCCCACGCACCCCCACCACCACAUCAGUCAGUCCUCAGGACAUCACCACCACCAUCAUCACCAGGCCUACAGUGGCACUGGCCUGGCCUUCAAUUCUUCUGACUGCCUGGAUUACAAGGAGCAAACGGCCUCCUCCUGGAAACUCAACUUAAACACUACAGACUGUUUGGACUACAAAGACCAAGCGUCCUGGAGGUUCCAAGUCUUGUGAUCUGAUUUUUUGUAAUGCCCUCUGUUUUCACCAUCUCUCUGUUUUAAUAGUGUGCUGAGUUUAAGGGAAAAAAAUAUAUGGACUUAAAGAUUUGAACACAAUAUUUAGAUGUUCAUCACAUUUUGAAAAGUGAGCCCCCCUUUUUUUAGAGAAAAGAAAGGGGGAAAACGGCAAAGUUGUGGAGGGAAAUGAAAGCUAGUUUUCCUUUU